UUGUGUGGAAUACGUCCCUAUUUAAUAAGCGUUCUUUUUUAUCCCAUUUUAGGGGCUGAUUGUCGCAGCCUUGUACAGCCUUUCGCUAUCAUCGCUAUUCCUCUAUCAGCAGCCUACCAGCUUUCUAACACCAGAGCCAUUCCUGCUCUCGAUACCCGUCACUCGGAUCCCCUGAGUCCCCAAUCCCCUGACAAAUUGAUUUCCUUGCUUCCAGACGGCAUGGUUUUUCCACCUUCUGCACAGGUUAGAGACUCAUCAGAGCUAACAGCAGCUGUGCCUAUUGAGACUCAGACCCAGGAUCCAAACCGCCAGGCAGCCCCCAUUCCGUCCUCAUUGUGCUCAGUUUCUGCUCUUUCUUUGAUCAGCCUGACUAGCGCAACGAUAAAUGCUGGUCUUGAUCGCCGCGCUCGACAACUACAAAGCCAUAGUGAAGAGCCCUCUAACCUUCAACAUUCCCAAUCACAGCAGCAACACUACCAUCACUACCAGCAGCAAAUCCCAUGCUUUCCAGAGCAGCAGAACUCGCAGCUCCAUUUGCGGACUCCUAGUGUGCACUUGGGCCGCGUAAUUAGUGAAGAUGAUAAUUCAGCCGUCAGUCUUUUAGGUUCUACGUUUGGUACCUCCUGCUUGUCAAACACUCGGGGAGGCCAACACGAGGCUACUUCAGAUGGACUUUCAAGCAUGGCUUCCAGUGAGGAGACGGCAAGCAUUGAAGGUCCGAGCCGAUUUUGCCGGGGCUCCGACCAUGAACCCUCUAGACUAGAAAAUUCAGACACACCGACCAACCUCUUCUCAAGCCUUUCCAAGGGGCCAGAUCGAGCCUCUUUCUUUUUCUCUUCCGUUUCGCCGUCGCCUUCCCCCUCUGUUUCACCUUCCAUACCUAAUCACUUGGCCCCCGGUCAGACUACCUCUCCUUCCUCAGGAGCGGGUCGGUUGUCUGGAACCUUAGCUCACCAUAUCCAAUCUCCACCGGCUCAAAUAUCCUGUCUUUUAGAUACAGGCCACGACCGCCUUCUCAUUUUAGAUGCUGAGACCGGCUGCGUUCGACAGAUGCUGACUGGAGAGGCAUUUCAAGGCCAAGCUGCCACUGGUCUAGCCUACAGCCCGGAUAUAAGCCAUGGACUGUGGGUGGCUAAUUGGCGUAGCAGACAAGUGCUUUUGAUUGAUCUACGAACAGAGGAGGUAAGGAAAUAUCACAUUAGCUUGUACUAG